CGAGAAGCUCUGGGCAGUAGUAUGGCAUCUUGGAAUCCUUUUAGGAGACUGUUUGCCUGUUAUGAUGAUGUUGAUGGGGAAGAGAAGGAGAAAGAGGGGAAAAUGACUGCUGGAUCACUUGCAGAUAGAGCUGUCUCCUCUUCUAAACCCAAGUUUCUAAAAUUACCAAAAUUCUUCAAAAAGAAUAAUGUGCAGAAUAAUGACAUCAAAUGCAAAGAGAUUCCACUGACGUUUAAGCAGAACCUAAAUGAGAAGCGUUUUUUAGUGGCAGCAAAGCAGCUGAUAAACCGUGAAGAGCGUCUGUUCUCAGUGAAGCAAGAUGGGGUGGGGUCCAACAAGAGCCGGGUAGAGGAAGAGGAGGAUGAUGAGGAAAGACUGAGAAAAGACUCUGAAGACCUUUUUAAGGCAGUAUGGUAUACAGUGGAGAAUACCUUCGAAGUCCAAACAGAGAAAGAGAAAGAGGCGCUAAAACAGGCAGUCCUGGUCCUACAGCAAGAGGACGAGCAGGACAGAAGAUGGCAGGGAGUUGGAGAAAAAGAGAGACCUCUGUGGAGACCUCGGUGCUGCAGGAAGACACAUGGCUCCCUGCUUCAGAACAUGGUUGAGCGGCGAAUGGAUGAGGCAAUGCCUGACUCAAGUGUUGGUAUUCAGUCUUCCAUUCAGAAGGAGAUCAUAGGCAAAGGCAAACGACUUAAGGAGGACCUGCUACAUGUGGCAAAGCAUGUAAGAUGCUGCUACCCUGAAGACAAUGUGUGCCAACUUUAUGCCACAUUAUACCAUCAGGCGUUUAGCACCAAACUCAGAGAAAUCGCUGACUUUGGACUGAGUGAUGAAGAUUGUGAACAUGUACUGCAGUGGGUGAAUAUACAUUACCCCAGUAUUCUGGAGAAUAAUGAGUUCACUGGGUUUAUCACAUAUAAAGAACUUGAGAGACUUCUGCCAGAAAACACACUUACAUCCCUGGAAGAGCAGGUUUUGAUCAAAAAAGAGAAUGAGGUGCAGAAAUGGUGCCAGAAUAUUUUAAGAGAGGAAAAAAAAGAUCCUGAACUGAGAGAUGGAUGCUACAUCAGCAACCUGGCCAUUGACACGAUUGGGUGCAUCCAUGGUGCUCUAAAGUCAACACAGGAAAUUUUGGGCUCUUGCUCGAAGCCUGAGAGGAUCACACAUACAAUUAAAGACUUCCUUAUUAAUUAUCAGACUUUCCUUGAGAACAUCAUUGAGGAAAAUCAGGCUAAUACUGAUGCUGUUCUGAAGGCCAACCUUCUCUGUAUUAGACAGUUCAGGGAACACAUAACAAAGCACCAGGAACUCUUCCCUGCACCUAUCAGAACUGAGUGUAUGCACUUGCUGAUUACCAUUAGAGAAAAAAUCCACAGCUACUUCACCAAGCCUAUACAUAGUUCUCUCAAGGUGAAGUAUACCAAACUAGGUACUCGAGAGUGGCUUAAAAACAGUGAGAAUGUGUGCACUGAGCUGCUUGAUGGACUGAAUGAGCACAUUCUGAAUUUCACAAAAUUGGACAAAACAUGCCUUAAGGAGCUGCUUAGUCAGCUUCACAAAGAAGUGCUGGCGGAGUAUGUAAGAAAAACAAUGAAGAAGAAGAUCAAACUUACAGAUGAGAAGAAACAAGAACAGGCAGCGAAAGCAUUACGGGACAACAGUCAGAAAAUCCAGGCUCUGUUUUCAGAAGCUGGGUCAAACCUGGACGACCUCCGAGAGAUCCUUCCAAAACUGGCUGAAGUUCUCACCCUAAAAGAUCCACAGUUUAUUGCAUUAGAGAUAGUGAAGCUAUCUCGAGAUUACCCCGACUUCAGUGAAGCCCACGCCUGCGCCUGGCUGUAUCUCAAGGCAAACCUCUCUACCUCAGACCAGAAAAAUAUCAAAAAGACUUUCUCAGAGUUCCGAGAGCCAGACUUACUUGAUGGUCAGGACCGGGACCAGGACCAGGAACAGGACCCACUCGACUCAAGCAGAAAUUUCUUCUCUAAAGUGCUAUUAAACUAGCACUGCUUAAUGUUGCAAAACAAUCUACUGUCCUGUUAUAUUGGAUUCUAGUUAGUUGAGCUACAUUUAAAGUUUUUUUUAUGAAAUGUACUGUGAAGCUACUUAAAACUUAAAGCAUUUUUACUGAAUAUAUUUUUUACAUGAUUUUGUAAAUAAAUAAAUAUUUUUACAUUACA